GAUAAGAAGGGAGCAGGCGGAGGAAUUCGUGAGGAACUGAAAGCAGAGGAGAGCGGCUGAGGGGAAAGGGAGGAGCACCGAGCAGACAGCGAGGUUACGCAUGAGAAGUCUGAAAAGGAAUUAAAACUAAUCACAGAGAGGGAGCAGAGAAGGGCAAGAACAGGUAAAGUUGGUCGGGGUAGGUUUCAGUCUUACACCUCCUGACUAAUUGCCAAGUUUUUUGUUUCCUCAGCGUGGUGAGAGAAAGCAAACAGAAAGCAAGAAAAGCAGCAAACAAAAAGAAACCACGGGACUAGAAAGCAGAAGUAACAAGACGAGGAGGGAGAGACAGCGGUUGAACGGUCACACAUAAAGUGAGGAAGAGAAAGAGCAGAAGGAGAGACGAGGAGUGUGAGGAGUGCAGCGAGGUGGUAGCGUAAGAAAACAAGAGGACACUCAUUGACAGGGAGGACGGACUUAAAUCCACGGACUACUGACAUCAGCAAAACAAAGGAAGAGGAGCAUCAGAAAAGAGGUCACAGCAGACCAGCAGGAGUGGAGCUCGCCUGAGGGCGUCUGCUAUGCAACCGAGACAAGUGAGAGACAAGCUCAGACAAAGUUCACACAGGCAGUCCUCACUCUAACAGUACCAUGUUGAUGAAAGAGUACCGCAUAUGUAUGCCACUGACUGUGGAUGAGUACAAGAUCGGGCAGCUGUAUAUGAUCAGUAAGCACAGCUGUGAGCAGAGCGGUGGGGGAGAAGGCGUGGAAGUGGUGAGAAAUGAGUCAAACAUUCACCCUCAGCACGGCCCGGGACAGCUGACCGAGAAGCGGAUCUACCUCAGCAGUAAACUGCCGUCCUGGGCGCAAGCGUUUGUCCCGCGAAUCUUCUAUGUGACGGAAAAGGCCUGGAACUUCUACCCAUACACCAUCACAGAGUACUCACUAUCGUUCCUCCCCAAGUUCAGCAUCCGCAUUGAGACGAGAUUCGAGAACAACAACGGCGAUAACGACAACGUGUUUGGGGACAGGCCGACCCCAGCGGAGAGUGUGAGUUUCCUGGAUAUCCUGAGUGACCCCAUCCCUGAAAAGCACUACAAAGAGGAGGAGGACCUGAGUCGCUGGCAGUCAGAUAAAACUGGCAGAGGGCCUCUGGAGGAGAGCUGGAGAGACGACCACAAGCCCAUCAUGUGCUCCUAUAAGAGGGUGCAGUGCAGCUUUGAGGUCUACGGCUUUCAGACCAGGACUGAGGAGUUCAUACACAGAAACAUCAGGGACAUUCUUCUGGUCGGCCACAGGCAGGCGGUAGCAUGGAUAGACGAAUGGCACGGGCUGAGUUUGGAGGAGGUGAGAGAGUACGAGCAGAUGAUGCAGGAGAAGACCAACAGCAAAGUCAAAUCCAGCCAGAACAGCACAGGGCCACCAGCAGCCUCUCGUCCUGCGUACUCUCGCUCCAUCUCGGUGACAGAUGAGCGCUCCCUGAAGAAGAUGGGAGUGACGACUGCGUCCAUGCCUGACCCUUCAGAGUCCUCAGUGCCACACUGUCCCAUGCGCCUGCACUCCACCCCUGAAUGAUGCUACACACAUGGCUACGCACACAGCUCCUCGAACACACAGCUACACACCCACACCCACAGAUAGAGCAUACCGUACAAUGCAAACACACAGAAACCCAAAGUCAGCACUUACCAGAGUCAUGUUACUUCUCAAAUACACACAGUCACAGAGUGGCAUGAUCCGUAAAGGACCAGCUCAACAUUUUUGGGUAAAGAGCUUGUUUGUUUAGAUGAGCAGAUCAUUGCCACUUAAUAUAAAGCUACAGCCAGCAACUGGUUAGCUUAGCACCAGGGGGGAAGACAGUGUCGCACAGCCAUUGAAUUGGCAUCUCCACAACGCUGUGUCAGCAUUAGAGGAGGGUCUGGCUGCACCCAUCAUUCUGCUAUAGGGGAAAAAACACUCUGGCUUGUUUUUAUUUCUUGAAACCAAUUACUAGUCUUCUUGGGGGGGGGGACUAUAGAGCUUAUAAGCUCAGGAUGGAGUAACGGUUGGAGCCCUUAUAAGAAAUGGUUACAUUAAUUCUAACGUGACAGUAUUCACCUAACAGCACCUUCAAAACUCACAAAUUAAUAUAAAACAUUGAAAUGCUUGACGGGGGGGUGAUGUCCUGCACAAUUUUCUUAUAUCACUGUAAAACAACCAAUUGUUUUUAUAACCAGAUCAUGAAAUAUAACAUGUAAAUAAGUGAUUUUUUACGUGGUGGCUGGUGGAUGUCUAAACCAUUUUGACAGAGCCAGGUUUGCAGUUUCCUGAAAACAGAGAUUGAAUCAGUGCUUUUCCCAAAAUGUCCUUUCGCACUUCACAGAUACAUGUAUCCGCUCUUACGCACAUCUUGCAGUUCUCUUAAUGUAAAAACCGCAUGAACACAACAAGAAGACUAUUACCCCCAUUGCCUUCAACAGUUGUCUUCAGCGGCAUGUAAACGUGGUGCAUUUCAAGUCUUUCUCAGUAAUUUCCUCAGCCGUAGUGGAGCUCACCAGCCACCGGCAGGGCUCUCCGAUUGUUUCCCAGCGCCCGGCCUGUGGCCUACAGACAGAUGCAUAAGGAGUUUAAUAGAGUGGAUCUAAUGAGAGAGCCGAGGAGAAGGGGGAGGCUGUCAAUGCUAUGGAUCUGCUCCCCUCUCCACCUCAGCCAAUAGGUCAGACCAGGUGUAUUGACAGAGGGCAGCGAGGCGUUGUAUUGGUUCCUUGAUCGCUUAGCUGAGGCCUGCAAAUGGGUCAAGCCGGGACUAAACUUCAAUUAUGAGUCAAUGAUGUGAGCAUUUCUAAGACGAUUAGCUUUUUUUUUUGUAUAUGUAUAUUUAGAAGUUGUCAGGGAUCAACAACUGCAACGCUGAAAGAAAUACUAUUCUGUUGCCUUAUAUGUGAAAUACUCCCUUAAAGAUGAAUCAAGUAGAAUUUGUAUAUGAAAAUCACCCUGUAUAGCCUUUUAUAAAUGAUUUCUAUCAAUAAAUACGUUUGAUUUUCAAUGAGAA